AAAAAUCCACGUUUGUAGACGUUUAUUUUAAUUUAUGUCGCAGCGCCAUCUGUUAGCACUAAAUACUAACAAUACAUCCUUUCGUGCGAUCCACAAGAUGUCGCUUCAGUAUUUUCAUUUCCGUUACCAUGGCAACACAAUUUAAUUUUGUUUUUAUUCUACUUCACUUAUUCUUCCCAUUUUUGUCAGAAACGAAAGGAGAAAAACAAAACAAAAAAUACUUUUAAUUACCAUGUUCAGUUCCCAUCCAAAACAUUCGGGAGUCUAUUAUCUUAAAGAUGGCAUAGAAAAUCUACAAAUAAAAGUGAAUUUUCGUUCUAUCGGCAGCUUGCUUCAAUUGCCGAAAUUUGAGUUUCACAACAAACAGGGAGUUGGUUAUCCAUGGAAAACGGGAAACUUCACUGCAACCUCAGGGGAUGAUGGCGACAACAGUCUAACCACGGUGACACUCAAAUGGCAGCAGAAAAUUCUAAGUCAAGUGGAAAGAGAAAUCUACAGAGAGGAAAAGAACUGCAUUUUAGAACAGCAUAAGAAGUAUCAUCAACAACUCAAGGAAGAGGAACGGGCGGCAAACCUGAAAGAAAAGGGAAAAUCGUCUCGCAAGAAAAGACACAAGAAAUCCGUAAAAAUCGAUACUCCAGAAGUGCAGGCAAGUGAGUGGAAUAACAUUAUAUUCUCCUACAUAGAAGCAGAUCAUUUCCAACCAAAAGAUGACCCUGUUUAUUCUUCGAAAGUUUCGAAGAAGCUAUUGGACGCCACCGAACCUUGUGAAUCUAUGUAUAUUUAUGCCGCCCUUAAACCCGACACACAAUUGGUCGCAAUGAAAUGGUUUGCCAAACAGAAUUUAUUCUACAUCUAUCCAGAUUUCAAUCAAUUCGAUAUACAGCCAUAUUACAUUGAAUUGGAUACAGAUUAUCGCCACCUGUAUGUUUAUGGAAUAGAGGAUAUAUCCUCGAAAUUCAAACCUGAGAAAAAGGAAACAGAGGAGUUCCUUUAUUUACCCGAAUUAUCUACGCAUUGGUUGUACGAAGAUGAAUUGUCGAAAAAAUUCUCUAUGCCACCGAAGAGGACCCAACGUUGUGCCAUUUUGUUUACCAUUCAGGAAGUCUCCAACUUGGAAUAUGACAAUAUACACAUUCGAUAUUCAAUUAAAUUGCCGCCAAAUACCUUGCUGGAAGAAGGUCUGCUAGAAGCCUCAACACAUUCAGCAUCCCACAACAGUGACUCAACCCACAUUGGUUACACUUGGCAAAUCACCGUUCUAUGCGAGGAGCACUUUGAUCCAUCGGACUGCUUGAGAAUUUACUUUGAAGUGAUUUCUAUAGAUUCCUGGCUAAGAGAACGUACCGAAGGUUAUUGCCACCAUACGCUGAGACUAUUGAAACCUUUUUGUCACGAUGUCGAAUUACAAUGUCUGUUGCCAACUGAAUCGUUAAUUGAUUCGAUGAAUCGUUAUUUUAUUGGAGGACGUCGGAAAUUUGAUUAUGUGCGAUUUGUGGAUGAUCGAAACGGGAAGGAGGAGGACUCAGACACAGUCCAUUGUCGUUAUGGUGUACGCAUGCGAAAUUCGGGCCAACUGAAACUGACAUGCCAAGCGCUGACUCAACGCAAUUGUGAAUUGUUAAAUCCAUGUGCCAGCCGCACCAGUGGCAUGACUCUGGAUGAUAUUAUGAUGGCUUACAAGGAAGCCCGAAGGAGAUUGGAAGCCAUUGCUUUCAAGUAGUUUUUUAUUUGCGUGAUAUGAACUGUAACAUUACAAAUAAAAGAA